AAGAAGGGAGAGCGGUUUUUUAUAAGAAAAAGAAAGCGGAGGGAGACAGGUGGAAAGAGAUGUUUGUUUCUCUUAUUACCCACCUGCCGCUGGCGACGCCGCAUGCAUCGACUUGUUUUGUUUCGAGAAUCAAGCUUUCCGCCGCGACAUGGAUUCGGGCAGCUCAGUGCGAGUGGUGGAGUCCUGCCUCGUAACGCCGAGCGACGACACGCCGCGGGAAGGGCUCUGGCUCUCCGCGCUGGACCUCGUGCUGGCCAACAGGGGCCACACCCCGCUCGUCCACUUCUACAGCACCGCCGGCGCCAGCAGUGACGUUGCCGACGACUUCUUUAACGUGGCCAGGCUCAAGGAGUCCAUGGCGAGGGCGCUGGUGCCCUUCUACCCUCUCGCCGGCCGCCUCGGCGUGGACUCCGGCGGACGGACCGAGGUCAACUGCAACGGGGAGGGCGCGCUCUUCGUAGUGGCUCGCUCUGACCACACCCUCGAGGACUUCGUCGAUCCCACGCCGUCGCCGGAGUUAAGGAGGCUGUUCGGUCCCCGCGUUCAUCCGUCGUCCAUUGUGUUGGCCGUGCAGGUGACGUUCCUCAGGUGUGGCGGCGUGGUAUUAGGGACAGCGGUGCACCACGCCGUCGUGGACGGCGCCAGCACGUUCCAGUUCCUCCGGACGUGGGCGAGCUACUGCAGGGACGGCGAGAGCGCCGCGGUGGAUCCCCCGUGCCACCACCGCGCCCUCCUCCGCACGCGGUCACCCCGCGUGAUCCACCCUGAGACCAUCCCCAUGUUCUGCAACGAGCUAAUCAUGCACGAGCAGGAGCCGUCGUCGUCAACAGGGACGACGACGUCGACGACCGUCGUGACCAGGAUCCUCACCGUCUCCGGGGACCAGCUACACGCCCUGAAGCGCCUCUGCGGCGGCGCCAGCACGUUCUGCGCCGUGACGGCCCUCGUGUGGCGGUGCGUCUGCGUAGCCCGGCCAGGCCUGCACCCGGACUCCACCACGCGCAUCAACUUCCCGGUGGACAUCAGGCGCCGCCUGACGCCGCCGCUCCCGGACCGCUACUUCGGCAACGGGGUGGUGAACGUGUUCGCCACCGCCGCGGUGAAGGACGUGGUGUCGCAGACGCUGGCCUCCGUCGCCGGCCGGGUCAAAGCCGCCGCGGACCGGGUCGACGACGAGCUGCUCAGGUCGGCGGUGGACUACUUCGAGGAGACGGCGUCGGCGGCGAAGCAGGGCAUGCGGCGGCGGGCGGAGGACAGGGGGAACCUGCCGGAGACGGAGCUGCGGAUGAACAGCUGGUUCCGCAUCCCCGUGCACGACGCGGACUUCGGGUGGGGGCAGCCGCGCGCGAUGACCCGGGCGGAGGCUGUGCGCGGCGGGUGGGUGUACCUGUUGGCCGCCUCCGCCGACGGCAGCGCGCGCGUGCUCAUCUCCUUGGAGGCGGCGACUCACCACAAGUUCCAGCAGGCCGUCGCCGAUGUAUGCCAAGUUCUUGCCACUGAACGUCCUAAGCUGUGACAAUAUAUGCAUGCACUUAAUGUGUGGAUUAAUUUCGUAGACGUAUGAUCUAUCGGGCAAUUUCAGCUUGCUUUUGUGCGUUUCGGUUGAAUCCGUUUUUAUAUACAAGUCUUUGCUUCUCAAUCGACUGAGAUUUGGAUGUUA